AUGAGUGCCGGGAAAGACGUAAAAUUGUUGUUUGAACGGGAAAGAAAGAUAAGCAGCCUGGCCAGAAUAUACCAUAGGAAGCUAGAAACACUGCUCAUCUAUAUAAAUAUACCAAGUAAAAAGAAAGGCACCAUUAGUUUUGAUGAUUUUUUUAAUAUAAAUGAAAUAUGUUCAUACAUAAAUACUAUACAUAGUGUCGAGUCAGAGGAAGUGGGGAAGAGAUAUGGGAGUGAUAAGAAUAAUAGAAGAACAAAAAAGAAGGAUGACAGUAGAGGCGAAAGUGCUAACACAUAUGGUAGUGAUUAUAAUGUGCAAAAUAAUAAAGAUGGAAUCAACUCAACUGAUGAGGAAAUACUUAGCGAUAAGAAUACUAAUAAUACAAAUAAUGAUGAAAACGAUGUAAUAAUAAUAAAAACAGACACAGAUAUUUUUAUAAAGAAUCUUCUCAUAUUUCUAAACAAUUUGAUUGUUCUUUAUUUUUCAAGAAGUAACCUAGUUGAUGUAUGUAUUAACAGGAGAAGUUACAACAAGUGCGGCUUUUAUGCAUGUGAUAAUAUUUUUCUAAAUAAUUUAAAUAAAAGCAAAUACAAAAUAGAUAUAAAAAAUAAAAAUAUAUACUUGAGAGAAUAUUAUGAUUUAUUUUGUUCAACAAAAUGUAUGAAUUUUAAUUUAUAUCUUUUAAAACAGAUAAUUCAUAAUAGCAGAAAUUCUACAGAAAGUAUAAACUUAAAAAAAAAAUGUCAAUUGAUACAUAUUAUGUUCUUAACCUUUUUUCCUUUUUUUAAAUUUCAUGAUAUAACAUAUUUAUUUAAUAAUAUUGAUAAUUUAAAAAUUGUCAAUAAUAAAAUAUAUAUACAAGAUUAUGGGAAACAGUUAAAUAUAAAUGAAAAAAGAGGAAAUGAACAACAACCUGUUCACCAAAAUUUAGGACAAAAUGAAAAAAAAGGGAAUACCUCAAACCAACACAAUGAUCAUACUCACUUGAACAUGCUAACUAAUCCAGAUAGCGUAUAUAUCGAAAUUGUUGAAAAGCAAAAUGACGAUAUUGCAAAUGUAAAGGGGAACAGUACUGUCGUGGUGAAUGGGCAUAUUGAAAGGGGUGCACAUCAAGGAAAGGAACAGAUCACAAGUGCAGCGGGAGCAUCCAACGGAACGGGGAAGCGCAUCGAAAGUGAAGCGGCACUGGAAGCGGCAAGUGAAGUGGAAGACCUAGAAGGAGACCUCGCCACUAACAUAGGCGUGAAUGUACCUAAGAUGAACGAAAUUAUAGUAGAGCCCCCAUUGAGUCGGAAUAACAGUAACAGCAAAACAUGCAACGAAAAGAAAGUAAGGAAAAGCAAAAAUGUGAGCUUCAACGAGGAUAUAAAACUUUUUAAAUACCAUAAAGAUGAACGAGUAAAUGAAUACACCAUUGGUAGAACAUGCUUGGGGAAAGAUGCAAAAGAGGAGAACGUAAUGAUAAAGCUAGGGGGAAAAUUAAAAAAUUGUAAAUAUCUCGAAUUUGAAGAAAAUUCUAAUAUUUUAACUCAAACAUUUUUCAAAUUUAACGAAAAUAUGUGCAAUAAAUUAAUAGAAGAAGUGGAUAGAAAUUUGUUCAAAUCAACAAAAGUAAAUGAAACGGAUCGGAAAUGGAAUAAUAAAGAGCUUCCAAAAAAAUUUAGCAAAUUAUUAUUGCCUUCCAAAAAUGAGAAAGCGGUAAAUAGUAACAAACAUGACAGUAACAAUUCCACAUGUACUGUUAAUAAAAAAGAGAACCAAGAAAUAAAUGAAAAUAUCAAUGAAGGACUAAAUAACAAAAUUGAUGAUGUGAUAAUAAGUAAAAAUGACAGUGAUAACAUGAAUGAAAAAAUUUGCAAUGAGGAGAAAACUGAUGGAGAUGAAGAGGCGUUUAUCAAAAUUUCAAAAACUGAUGAAAGAGAAAAAAAAAAAAAUGAAAAUAUUACGGAUGAUGAAAUGAAUACAAUUUGUGAACAAGUCAGAAAUGGCACGUAUGUUAAUAAAAAAUAUUCAUUUGAUAAUAUAUUACAACAAACAAAAUUAGAUGAAUCAAAAAUUAUAGGAUUUAAUUAUGGAAAAGAAGACUUUAUAAAAAUUGCUUCUCAAAAAAUGAACGAAAUUAAUUUAAAACACGAUAAAGAAAAAAAGGAAAAAAAAAUUAUUUUAUUAAAUACGUUAAAUGAAAAUAAAAUAUCAGUAAGCAAUAAUUUACACACACGUAGUGAAAAUUGCAAAGAUACUUAUCAGGAUGGAAGUGCGAAUGAGGAAUUAAUGAUUGAGGAGAAAACGAAUGAUGAGAAAACGAAUGAUGAAAAAACGAAUGAUGAAAAAACGAAUGAUGAAAAAACGAAUGAUGAAAAAACGAAUGAUGAAAAAACGAAUGAUGCAAAAACGAAUGAUGAAAAAACGAAUGAUGAAAAAACGAAUGAUGCAAAAACGAAUGAUGAAAAAACGAAUGAUGAAAAGUUGCAAACAAAUGGGAAUAAAUGUUCCUACUUUAAUGAAAACAAAAGAGACUAUGAUGAAGUAGUCACAGGCAUAUGUGAAGCAGGGGUGAACAAUACCGAAAUGAGGAGCAACAAUGACAAGGGGGAGCAGAAAAUGAGUAUUGAUAACGAGGACGAGGAGGAGCAGAAAAUGAGUUCUGACAUUGACGAGGAGGAGCAGAAAAUGAGUAUUGAUAACGAGGACGAGGAGCAGAUACAACUACAGAACUUGUUAAUGGAAAAAAAGAAAAAAAUUAGAGAGGAAUAUAUUGAAAAGUUUAAGACCAAUUUCCCAUCGCUUUUUGGAGGCUUAUAUAUAGACCAGAAAAAAAGUGGUAAAUGUGCUAACAAGGUGGAUGAUGGAAAAUUGUGUACAGACGAAAUACGAGAUGAUGAAUUGCGGGAUGACGCAAAAUUCGGGGAGGACACAAAGGGACCGCAAAAAUGCAAUAACAAAUACGUAUACAGCACAAGUACAGGUAGUGCUUACGAAGAUAUGUCUUUGUAUAUAGUUUUAUGGGAUAUAUUUACAAGUAACAUUUCCAAGUAUACUGUUCACUUCUUUCAGAAGAGUGAACUUAUUAUUCCAAAAUCUUUAAAUGAAGUUGAAAGAGCAAGAAAAAAUGAAUUUUUAUAUAAUAUUUCUCAGUAUAUGCCCAUAUAUAUUAAUUCCAUUUCGUCCAUUAUUUUAAAUAUCUGUAGAACUUUUUUAUUUCAUAAACCUUUAUUUCCUUUCAAAAAAAUAAUAUAUAAAUCAAUCAUAUGUGUUAUUGCAAGUGCAAUUAUAAAACAUAAGGCAGAAUUAAUUCCUGCAUGUGAAUUAAAAAAUAUUAAGAAAGCAGAGGAUUAUUUAAAAUUUGAAAAUAAUAUUGACGAAGAAGAAUUAAAUGAGUUGUCUGUGCUUUUUUUUCAGAACAAUUUCUACUAA